CAACCGUUUGUAUCGGGUGCCCCUCCUCCUUCCAGUCAUCACAACCCCGCAUUUGAGCAGCCGGCGAGAACACCAGCCCCUGAGCUUCCUCUCCCCGCCCCACACCCGGCCAUUGCGAAUCCGCCAGUUUUCCACCAUCCUCGCCCCAGUAACGGAAGCUUGGUGUUUGCUCAUCACGAGUCUAACGCCUCCUCCCCUGUCCCUCAUUCGGGUGGCUACGGUUUCCCCCCUCCUGGAAUCGUGCCAUACCCACCGUCUGCCGCUCUCCCAGUCACCGCUGUUGACGCCUACGGCCGUCCCUUGUUGGUAUCACCGACAGUAGAUUCUUAUCCGCCGACUGUCAUAAAGCAUCACGGGCCACCUACUCCCCAUAGCUACCACGGCUCACAAUCUUCCCAAAUUGGAGAUCACAUCUACAACCAGCAUUCGACCAUGAGCGGCACUCAUCCAAUCAUGAACGGCACUCAUCCAACCAUGAACGGCACUCAUCCAACCAUGAACGGCACUCAUCCCACUAUGAGCGGCACUCAUCCGACCAUGAGCGGCGCUGGCCCGGUCAACGGCGGCCAGGGAGGAAUUCGUGGUCCUCAGCCUACCACCAAUGGUGUUCAACCCACAAUCAACGGCUCUGGACCCUAUCAUCCUACCGGGGGUAUGAGCCCCGAGGCCGCGGCUGCAUUAGCACACCAUAUGAACUCGAUGUCGCCUUACAUUAGGGCUGCGCUGGGCGACAACUCGUACAGUGAUUGUACCUCUAGACGUGAAUGUCCCACGCAUCGGCUUAUGCUUGGUCGCAGUCCAAUGCUUGCUGAGAAGAUUGGAGAGGAUGGUGUCCAGGCCGGCGGUGUCUUGAAAUUAGAGGUUCGUGAUGAAUGGAUUCGGCCGGACGUGUUUUGGCAUUGCCUCCGUGCGCUAUAUGGUUGGGAUAUUGCGGCCGGCAACCUACCGAGCCAAUUACGCCACUGGAGUGCCAAAGACGAGCUCAAAACCGCCCUUAGCUACUGGGCUGCCGGUCAGAUGUUGCUGUGUCCUCGGAUUCGGGCUAUCGCUUCGGACUGCGCAAGGAGAUUGCUUGGGUGGGAGACGAUCAGUAUCGCCGCUUGGUUCGUUUCGCACAACAUGGCUCUGGGACCCAGCUUGACCCACGAUGUGUUCCUCGACAGCACUCUGAACUGGAUAAUCUAUCAUCUUCCCCAGAGCUUUGAUGUGGACGAGAACGCGGGAGACUGUGGGUUUUCUCGGCUCCCUCGUGCCAACCAGUCGGCGUCUUACAGACCAAAUCCGCCUAAUGCACACGUGUCGUCGCGUGUUGCUGCCAACCCGAGGCUGUCUAAGAUCCGGUUCGGAGAUCUGGCAGAAGAAGGAUUUGACGUCGAUCAGCUCUAUCCCGGCAGUCCAUUCACACCCGCUCAGGUCAAUGGUCUCUUUUCUAGGAUAUUGCUGAACCUUCCAUUUGACCUGCUCAAGCAUGUCCUGGAGCACCCCAAUCUCUGCUCCAACGCCGGGCCUCUUCCGCCGGGACCUCGUUUGCGGAUUAUUGAUGCGGUUCGGGCGGCGCGGGAGAAGCGACGAUGGGAGUUAUUGGAAAGCACCGACAUGCAAGUGCGUGUCUAUCAAGAGCGGAUCGCGUCUCAGCCGGAGCCUGUUCCUGUGGUUAAUUUGGCCGACUUUUGGCACAAUAGCUUGGGCUUCAAGGAAGAGACUUUUAUCGGUGACGUGCCAUUCCUUAUUCGCACCUGGAGUCUUGGUCCUGAAGGUAGCGACGUCUAG